AAAGAAGUGCGCAAGUGCAGUACUGCGUCCCAAGCAGUCACAAGCAGAAUUGUGUCUACCACUAGGCCAUUUAGCAGCCAUCAGCAGCCAUUUAGUUGGAACGAGUUGUAUCGAGUUUGGUGUAGGCAUCUUAUUAUCUGAAAAUGACUUGGGGGUUUGUCACUUGUGGUCCAAAUGAGGCACUAGUCAUUUCAGGAUGUUGUUAUUCCAAACCCCAUUUAGUUCCCGGAGGCAGAGCAUUUAUUUGGCCUGCAAUUCAACGGAUACAAAGAAUAUCUUUGAAUACCAUGACUUUACAAGUAGAUAGUCCAACAGUUUAUACAAGUCAGGGAGUGCCAAUUUCAGUAACUGGAAUAGCACAGGUUAAGAUUCAAGGGCAAAAUGAAGAAAUGUUAUUAGCUGCUUGUGAACAGUUUUUGGGAAAAAAGGAGAAUGAUAUCCAACAUAUUGCAUUGGUAACAUUAGAAGGUCAUCAAAGGGCUAUUAUGGGUUCAAUGACUGUUGAAGAAAUAUACAAGGAUCGCAAAAAAUUCAGUAAACAAGUAUUUGAAGUUGCAUCUUCUGAUUUAGUCAACAUGGGCAUCACUGUAGUUUCAUACACUUUAAAAGAUAUUCGUGAUGAAGAGGGCGCCAAGGGAUACCUGAAAAGUCUAGGGAUGGCUCGUACAGCUGAAGUCAAGAGAGAUGCAAGAAUUGGGGAGGCUGAAGCCAGGUGUGAUGCACAAAUUAAAGAAGCCAUUGCAGAAGAACAAAGAAUGGCUUCAGUCUUUCUGAAUGAUACUGAUAUAGCAAAAGCACGAAGAGACUUUGAACUGAAGAAAGCUGCAUAUGAUGUUGAAGUGCAAACGAAAAAUGCUGAAGCUGAAUUAGCGUAUGAACUUCAAGCAGCUAAAACGAAACAACGAAUUAAAGAAGAACAGAUGCAAAUUAAAGUUGUAGAGAGGACACAGGAGAUUGCUGUACAGGAACAAGAAAUAGCAAGAAGAGAACGUGAAUUAGAAGCUACAGUGAGAAGACCAGCGGAGGCGGAAAAGUUCAGACUUGAGAAAAUAGCUGAAGCAAAUAAUAAACGGGUUCUGUUGGAAGCUGAAGCCGAAGCAGAGGCGAUUAGGUUAAAGGGACAAGCUGAAGCUUUUGCCAUUGAGGCUAAAGCUAAAGCAGAAGCUGAACAAAUGGCUAAAAAGGCAGAUGCGUGGAAGGAAUACAAGGAUGCAGCUAUGAUAGAUAUGCUACUCGAUGUUCUUCCAAAGGUGGCUGCUGAAGUUGCUGCUCCGUUGUCUCAAACGAAAAAAAUAACAAUGGUUUCAAGCGGUGACGGCAACGUGGGUGCAUCUAAAUUAACAGAUGAAGUAUUUGCAAUUGUGACUAAAGUACCAGAAUUGGUUAAAACAAUGACCGGAGUCGAUAUUUCCAAGUCUGUCCAUGCAGCCUAAAUCAAUAUAUACGGAAAAAUAAACAUGCAUAAUGCCUAUAGCUUAUAUAACAUAUAUAAUAUAUUUUGUAAUUAUUUUAUUUCCAGCUAAUUAUGUACAAUUCGUAAUACAGUAAAUUUUCCUUAUAAGUGACCUAAGAAUUAAUUCAGUUUUAAAAAAUAUAACAAGAAAUAGGAAUAGUGUUUGUUGGGUGUAUGAAAAGGCUUGUUAUGCAUAAAUAUAAGAAAAUAUAAUUAGUAUCACGUUUUAACAAAAAAUGUUGCUUAAAUAAAGGACGCUUAUAUCGAGAA